AUGGAAGAGUGGAAAGACCUUGACUUUUCACUGGAGGAAAGUGAAGCACUUAUCCUUGGAGAAAACAACACCUCACCCAAUGCUUUUGAAAACACAGUUGUUGGAAAAGUUUGGGCACAAGAUUCCUUCAACGUGAAAGCUUUCAAAAGCACACUGCUGACUAUUUGGAAAACGAGAGAAGCAGUGGAAAUUAUUGAGCUGGAAAAAAACUUGUUCUCCUUCAAGUUUGCUGCAGCACGAGAUAGAGAUCUGGUUCUCAGAGGUCAACCAUGGACUUUCAAUGGUCAUGUUGUAGCACUACAGAAGAUAACAGGGGAGGAGCAACCAUCUGAAAUCAACCCACACACCUGUCCCAUGUGGGUCAGAAUUUAUGAUUUGCCCCUGAAUCUGAGAGACGCAGAGAACCUAAACAAAAUAGGAGGCAGCCUGGGUGAGUUCAUGGAACACGACAAAUCAGAGGAGUGUUUAGCAGGAAAGUAUGCCAGAGUGCGAGUCUCAGUAGAUCUGCAAAAACCUCUGAAGAGGGGUGCAAUAGCCCAAAUCACUCCGAUUAAGAAAGGUAAAAUCUUCUUCAAAUAUGAGAGGCUCCCUGACUUUUGCUAUGAGUGUGGGAUGCUGGGUCACACCUUCAAAGACUGCCCGGACAGAGAUGAUGACCGCGAGGAAGAUGAAAAGCAGAAAUUUCCCUUUGGAAAAUGGAUGAGGGCUUCGCCGAGAAAAGUAACUUUAGUCCGAAAGGAAGGAUAUGCGGAGAGUGGGAAAAGCAUGAGAAAGUCUCUCUUCAAGUCAUAG